AUGGCAGACUGUGCACCAGAAGUUGAUGUGGCAAUAGUGGAACUGCUCAUAGAAUAUGGAGCUAACCCAAAUCCGGAGAAAACAAAGAUUUUGUUGGCAGCUGAAGCGGAUGUGAAUGCUUUAGAUCAAUUAGAAAACACAGCACUUCACAAUGCCACAAAGACAGUUGUUAGAGAAGGUAGUCAUGUUACUUUAAAACCUGAAGAUGUUUGUGAAUGUGUCGCCAUAGUUAAACUAUUGGUCGAAGCCGGUGCUGACCUUAAUGCAAAAAGAAAAGAUGACGUCACUGCUUUGCACAAUUCAGCUCUUAAUUGUUGUGCUCGAGCAGUAACUUAUCUGCUGGAUAAUGGUGCAUUUGUGAACAUAGAAGAUUCGCAUGAAACACCACUCAACCAUUUAUUUUUACAAUGUCAUAUGCAUGCGAAUUUCUUCAGGGAUAAAGCAAUUCCCAGAGAUUUUAUUAAUAUUAGUGAAACAGAAAAAGCUCUUGUUAUACUGUUAGACAAAGGGGGUAAUAUCAAUCAUAUGAAUGCAUUUGGGGCCAGUGUGUUACAUAAAGUGUGUAUUAUACCACAAUGGAAAUUGUCGACCUGA